AAACAGCGUCACAUCCUGUUCGCUUCGCACUUUUUAGGGGCCUACAAGAAACGAAAACGAGGUGCAUGCAGCUAGGCAUUUCUGUUUUAUCAACCUGCGCGUAUUACGCUCAGAUCGUGUGAAGGUUAUAGUGGGACCAGGCGUGUUUACUCGGUUUUGAUCGAUGGUUGAAAUGCGAGCUGCAGUUGUCGGCUGCACAAUGCGCUAAGGGAGCGUCUUUAAAGAGACGUGCUAGGAAGUAAACGUGGAGGUGCGGAGUAGCAGUCUACAGUGAAGCCAGAGGGAUGUCUGAAGCAGGGAGCAGCCACGCUCAGCAUGUCCUGUCUGCCCUGAACCAGCAGAGGGCACUGGGCAGGUUUUGUGAUGCUACGUUGAAUGUGGGAGACGGGGUGGCGUACCUUGCCCAUCGCAACAUCCUCGCCUGUUUCAGUGAACUCUUUCAGCAGUCAAAUGUGCCUGUUGCAGCAGAGUUCUGUCUUCAGGGGUGCCCCAGUGAUGGCCUGGAGCUGCUCUUGAACUUUGUCUACACCGGAGAGCUGAAGUUGGAUUCUCACAACCUGGACAGAGUCCAGCAGGCAGCAGCCAGCCUGUGUGUACCGGAGGCACUCACGCUCUGUCAGCGGUUCAAGGAGACCUCUGUGGAGCCUGUGCCUGUCAAGCGUAAAAGAGGUAGACCUAGAAAGUCUGCCUCAGAUAUCAACUCGGUCAAAGAGGAGAACUUCAUUACAGUCACAAAAGAUGAGCCCAGCACUGAUACUGCUGUCACUACUACCACAACCACCACACGCUCUGGUCGAGUAGUAAAGGGUCCCAAGCGACUGGUGACUAUUGAUGAGAGCCCCACAACUGACAACAAGUGGGCCUCGCCUCUUCCUGUGGAGAAAGAAGUUGGUGAUACAGUCGCUGUGGAAAACCAAAACCGAGAUCAACCAGCUGGUGAAACUGAGGUAAAAGAGCUGCAGAUUGACGACAAUGUUACCAGCCAGGUUACUGGGGAAGUGGAAGCAGAAGAAGAUAAUGGUGAUGUGGGUGUUCUGGACGAGAUCCCUGAAGACACAGAUGAGGAGUACGUGCCCACUGCUAAGCCCGCUUCCUCAGCCUCAUCCUCGUCCACAUCGAAAGGACAGACGUGCAAGGCCCAGAGUGAAACAAGCAAAAACAAGAACAGUCAGGCGCUGGAAGAAGACUCCAAGAAGGACUUUGUGCAGUGUCCUGUCUGCCUCAAAAGCUUCAAGAGCAAAUACUACCUCAAGGUUCACAACAGGCGACAUACAGGGGAGAGACCCUUUGGUUGCCUUAAAUGUGGAAAGAGGUACUUCAGGAAGGAGAACCUUUUAAUGCACGAGAUGAGAGACUGUACUACCGUGUUGAAGUUCACCUGCUUGACUUGUUCCGCUACAUUUAAUGGGAAAGAAGAGCUACGAUUGCAUAAUGUCACCCACACAGGAGAAAUGCCCCACAAGUGUUCAACAUGUCCUGAACAGUUUAUGUACAAGAAGAACUUGACAAUUCACAUGAUGAAGGCACACGGUUACCCCAAACCACAUGCAUGUUCCCAGUGUCCCAAAACCUUCUUAACUCGGGCGGAGCUGCGUGUGCACGAAGCAGCCAAACAUCGAGGAGAAAAGCCAUAUGUGUGCGAGGAGUGUGGCCAUCGCGCAUCUAGUCGAAAUGGCCUGCAGAUGCAUAUCAAAGCCAUCCACAGAAAUGAGCGCCCUUUUGUGUGUAACACAUGUGGCCACGCCUUCUCCCAGAAGAACAACCUCAAGAUGCAUAUGCGAAUACACAGUGGUGAGAGGCCAUACCAGUGUCACCUCUGUGGGAAAACCUUUAGGACACAAGCCAGUCUGGAUAAACACCACCGGACUCACACUGGCGAGCGUCCCUUUGGCUGCGACGUCUGUGAGCAGCGCUUCACAGAGAAAGGCGCCCUCCUCCGCCACAAGGCCAGCAAACACGAAGACGGCCGACCCAUCUGCUGCUGUCACAUCUGCGGCAAAACCUUCAAAGUGAGGGGGCAUCUGCGCGUCCACCUGCGUCGCCAUAAAGGCAUGAGGAAGUUUGAAUGUGUGGACUGCGGCUAUAAGUUCACUCGACAGGCACAUCUGCGACGACACAGUCAAAUUCACAAGCGCACUGAGAACUAUAACCCACGUCAGAGGAAGCUGAGGAACGUGAUUGUGCAGGAUGUGGAGAACGACGCUCCCAGUGAAGGGUCCUCACUGUUCUCUGACGGGUCACACGCUGCUCAGCAGUCCACAAACCAAGAGGCUGUCUCCUCAGCAGGUCUCGCCUCUGGCUGCAUCGUGAGGGUGGUGAUCGAGUCGAGCGACACCGUGAUGGAGGAGGUCGUGUCCAACCAGAACUUGGGAGAGGUCAAUGCCCCGCAGACUUUCCCUGUGCCAAAAGUUUUGCAGGAAACACAGCUGGUUACCGAGCCCUAUGAGUCCACGAUGGACAUGGAGGGAAUUGUUGAGAAUUUGUCAGAGAGCAAAACCUGAGGGCUGUGUGCAAAUACUGCUUCUUUCCCUCCAUGAAGUCGCCUGCUGCUGAGUUUCUGCACAUGCAAGAAAAGCAGAUCAUUUUCAUGCAUUCUGUAGUUUACACGGAGUAAGUAAACUGCAUGUUUUUAAAGGCUGCUUGAAUGUAAAAGAUUUUUUGGCCAGUUUAUUUAAGUCAAAUUUUGUCAGUUUGUCUACAGCAGCUGGAGCUCAGUGUCACCUCAUAUUGCUGAGAGGAUUAAAGGAAAACUCUGUACAGUCAGCAAAACAUUUGCUUACUUUUGGUUUGGUACAGAUGGCAGGUCUAAGGUUUUAUUAGGGUCACACCAGGUGGUGGUUUUGUACAGGACUGCAUUAUGUUUAAAGGAGUUUCUAAUAUUCUUUGAAAUGGACACAAGUAUAUAAUAUUGUAAAGGUAGUUACAAGGGCCACAAGCGCUAGCAGCUAGUUAUGAAUAUAAACAAUGAAUGUAAAAUAUUUUCUACCAGCUUUAAUGGGUUUAUUUUAACCUGUUGUAUUUUACAUUAAUCCGGCUUCAUGGGUCAUGCUAAGUUUGCAGGUUCCACCUCCGCUGUAGCAGAAAACGGCAAUUUGCUCAAAACAAUGUAGACAGUAGUUCCCAAAUAUUGUGCCACGGGAUUUUGAAAUGUUGUUAUACACAUUGUAUUAUGCAGUUUUGACUUAGCCUUUCAUGUGCAUUGAUCACAAUAAGUGUGAAAAGCACGGAUUGCAGAGAUGCACCGACUGUGAAAUUCUGGGUCGUUACAAUGUGCCUUUUGAAAUGAAAUACCCUCUAAAAAUAAUGAAAACUUUAACCACAAGGUGGAAGUAUUUUACCAGAGGUUCAGUGUGGUUGUUCUACUUACUUUUAGGAUUAUUUUGUACUAAUUUAAUGUUUCUAUGUUCUAAAAAAAAGUGCAUGCUGAACUAACACUAGAUUGAAAAUUGUGCUCAAUGUAGGAUUGGACACUAGACUGAUUCACUGCAUCGUGACUGUGGUUCAGAGUGGUAUUAAGAACCCACCCAUAUUUCAAGUUCAGUUGAUCUCUAUGUAUACAAUGUACACAUCUUAAGCACAUCAUCAAAGCUGCUGUUUCUUUACAUUCUGUGGAAAAGUUUAGUUACUUUUGUUUUUGAAAAACAAUAUUAAACCAAUAAUAUUAAGGCAUCUCUAAUUUCUUACUUGUUUGAUCAAAAUUGUUUAGUUUGUGCUCUACACAAUAAGCAAAAGGAACCUCAACAGGUCAAAUGGAUAUUUUCAAGUGACUUUAUAUUUUCCCCAAAUCUGAAAUUGGAGGCUGCAAAGUCAGAAUGCUCACAUACAGCCAACGUUGCCAAAUGUAUUAAGAAAAUGCCACAUUGAAAUUGCACCUACGGGAAAUACUUCCAAAACAUUUGCUAGGUUUAAGGAUAUAUUUUGGUGAAAAACUUCCAGGGCACCUUUUUGAUGUUUACUGACCAAAUGCACAUUGUUUGAAAUUAAAAUGCCACGUAGGUUAAUGAUUUAUUUAUUUAUUUUUUUAAAUUUGUUUAUUUGAGAAGUACAGCUUUUAUGUAUAAGUGAACUCGCUGUUAUUUCACAGUCUUCUGCAACUACCAUCAACUGUUUAACUGAAAUUUUUGUUGCAACCUUGCAAACAGCAAAUCAUUGUGACUCAGCAGAAUAAACUCUCAGACCUGC